AUGGAUUCAGAUGAUACUUCAAAACCUCGUCCAAGUUUUCCAAUCAGGAAUCCUAGUGUCUCAUUCAGUGACAUAGAAUCUCAAGAAAGAUUGAAAAGAUUUACAAUAUCAUCACAACCAUCAUCAACUAACGUUUUGGAUCAUGAAAAUAUAUUACCUCUAACUUCAAAUACAACUACAUCCUCUGGUUUACCAUCUAGACAAUCAUCAUUAAAGAGAAAAGAUGAAAGUAUAUCAUUCAAAGUGAAAGAACCAAGUCCACCUUUUGAACCAAUAAGUACGAGUUCAUCAAGAAGAGGAUCCAUCAAGAAAAAUAAAACUAUAGUUGCUUCGCCUGUUGGACCGCCUGUUCCAUUCCAAGAAUAUUUGUCGAAAGAAGAUGAUGGAAAAUUCCAUAUUUUAUUAGCAUGUACUGGAUCAGUUGCAACUAUUAAAGUUCCAUUGAUUGUUGAUAAAUUAUUUCAGAAUUUUGGUCAAAAAAUAUCAAUACAAUUAAUUGUUACCAAGUCUGCUACUCAUUUUUUAAAAGGUUCAAAAAUAAAUGCAGAUGUUAAAGUUUGGAGAGAUGAAGAUGAAUGGACAAACUAUAAUGAAAUAUACUCUACCACCACCAGCUCAACAGAGCAACCACCACCACCACCAUCGUCACAACAACAACAACAACAACAACAACAACAACUUUCAGUCAAUAAAAAACCUAAAAAUCCAUACGAUAAAUUAAUAUUUCACAAUUACUUAAGAAAAUGGGCUGAUAUAAUGUUGGUCGCUCCUUUAUCAGCAAAUACAUUAGCUAAAAUUUCAAAUGGUAUAGCAGAUAAUUUAUUAACUUCACUUAUUAGAUCAUGGUCACCUUCACAACUUAAAAAACCAAUACUUGUAGCUCCAGCAAUGAACACAUUUAUGUAUACCCAUCCAAUAACUUCAAAACAAUUAAGUACUAUAUCAUCCCCUGAUUUUGGAAUUGAAAUCUUGAAACCAGUUGAAAAAAUUUUGGUAUGUGGUGAUAUAGGUAUGGGUGGUAUGAGGGAAUGGACAGAUAUAGUUGAUAUUAUGAGAAGAAAAAUUUCAACGUUGAAAGCUGAAAAAGAUAGUGUUGACGAUGUUGAAGAAGAAGAGGAAGAGGAAGAAGCUGACGAAGAAGGAGACGAUUCGGAAGAAGAUGACGAUGACGAUGAUGAGGACGAAGAGGGUCUGGGAAAUGAAAGUGAGGAAUAUAUAUUUAAUUCAGAACAGGAUCAAAUUUCAAUUAAUAUUAUUUAA